AUGGAUACCGAGACACGCACCACCCGCUUUCGAAUCAUGCGGUUCUAUCUUGACAAUGGCCGCCCCCCAACGCUGGAAGAGCUGACCAAGAGUAUGGAUCUGGCUCCUGAGACUGUCUGGAAAUCCCUGAAGCAGCUGGAAGAUCUGCAUCAUUUGGUGCUUUAUAAAGAAGGAGUACCUUCACCUACACCGAUUGCCAUGAUACAUCCUUUUUCCCAUCUUCCUACAGCAUAUCAUCUUCAAUGUGGCGACCGGAGUUGGUGGGCGAAUUGCCCCUGGUGUGGGUUUGGCCUGGUAUCAAUGCUCCUUCGCGAGAAUGCCAAGUCAUCAAUCAUUCUACGAGUGUUGUCAGGCUCACGCAACGAUGAGCUGCAGAUUGAAUGGCGGAAUGGCGAAAUGGUCACCACUGGCUGCAAAGAUUACGUGGCUCACUUCUCAGUCCCCCCUUCGAAAUUCUGGAUCGACGUCCGUUACACAUGCUCAACCAUUCAGCUUUUCCAAUCGGAAAUCCGGGCCGAAUCAUGGUUGAGGAAGCAUGGCGUCUCAAAGGGAGCCUUGAUCUCAUUUGAGCAGCUUUUAGAACUGGCAAAGGAAUGGUAUCACGAUAAAGCAGAGUACAGCUAUGAUCGGAAGUCACCUGAACAGAUCCGGGAGCUCUACAACACUCUUGGCAUGACGGAGGCCUUCUGGAAGCAAUGA